AUGCCGCCCUCAUCGGGAUCCGCUGAUGCCAUCUCUGGAUCAAGGAAAAGGGCAGCCGCGGCUUGCCAUGCUUGUCACGCACGCAAAGUUCGCUGCAGCAUCUCACAAACUGGAAGCCCCUGUACGAACUGUUCCUUAGACAACCUCAGCUGCCAAGCACGUGCUAGGCAGCCUCAAAGGUCGCUGACUGACGUUGUUUACCGACCUCGGAACGGUGCGCGAACACGGAGAGGUCAGAAUUUGCCGAGCGCGCCGAGUGAUGCCGAGUCCAUUACCCAGGACCAGGCAAGCCACAAUGAGCCAGUCUACCGUCCAUUCACUGAUCACUUUGGUCACCACUCACAACCCCAAGAACCUGACACGGCAACCCCACAAGCCCAAGCAGGUCUGUCACCAGUGUAUGGUGACACUCAAGGCGUUGGGCUUGUUGCCGAUCUCUGCGAGCCCGAGCGUCCUGAUAAAAGUGGUCAUUUCGUCGCUGCAGCCCUAAGCUCAACGAAUAUCGAUUCCGAUACGCACGAGUACUUGGAAAAAAGAAGGUGCUUUGAUUUGCCAGCUUCCGAUAUCCAACAAUCGCUCGUGCAGGCGUACUUCCAUUACGUCCACCCCUUCUUGCCUGUCAUACAUGUUUCUUCAUUCCUCAAGACCUUCGAAAGCCCAGGGCAGGAUGGGGUGUCGCUCCAUCUUCUCUGGAGCGUGUUUCUGGCAGCUGCAAAUUUUGCCGACGUGACGACCGUGCAAUCAUCUGGUUAUGAAUCACGAAAGGAUAUGAAACGGGCAAUGUUCUUACGUGCAAAGGCAUUAUACGACGCGAAUUAUGAACGGUCGAAGAUUGUCCUGAUCCAAGCGGUGCUACUAAUGGGCUUCUGGUAUUCAGAUACAGAAGACAGGCUUGGGCCAUGGCACUGGAAUGGCAUUGCCAUCAGCCUCUGCCAGACUGUAGGGUUGCAUCGUGAACCUGAUGCAAGUCUCGACCACUCUCAGUAUCGUUCAUCUAUCGAUCGGCAUCUGUGGAAACAUCUGUGGUGGUGGUGCUUCUUCCGAGAAACGUGGUUGUCUGUUGGCAUGGGACGGCCCAUGCGUAUUAACUCAGUCCACGCCGAUACACCCAAACCAGAUGCAAAGGCCUCCGAGAGCAUGUAUUCUGAGCUGACAGAUUCUCAGCGUCGGCGGUACAUCCCACAGGAUCCUGAGAAUUUGUUUCUGUUGUGGGAUGACUUACUCUCCGUCACCAGCAUUUUGUCAAGGAUUCUUUCUGUCCAACACCUUGCGAAGCGGACGCUUUCGACCCACUCGGAGGUGAAUGACCUGGAGCGCGAGCUAAGAGGUCAUCACAAACACCUGGAUUACCUCAGAGCUGGAGCCACCGAUCCAGUUCUCACUCUUCACAUGUAUCAUUUCGAACUAUUCUUUGAGUACGAACGCUGGCCAUAUCAUCAAAGCGUCAUGAUAACAAAUGCAACUAGGUCUACACUUUUAACUCUAUUCCGCCCAUUUGUGUUACAGAGCCUUGGAAAUCAGCGCGCCGUCGCCCAUAACAAAGAAUCACAAGAUUGGUUGUCAAGUGUAGAGAGGAAAGCAACCGCCGCUGCCUUGAAUUCUACCAACACGCUCGGCGACAUGAUAAUGGCAGAUAUGGUCUGUCUCUCUCAAUCAUUGAUCUGCAUCGCUCUCGUACCAACGCUGCAAAUGCAUCUCCUGCAUUCUGUGUCACCGCGGAAGUUGGUCCAUCGCUUAGGCUGCCAUCAGCUGGAUAUGUGUAUGAUGGUAGUACAGGAAAUAAAGGCCACAUACUUUGGCGCUGAGAUCUUGGAUCGGUUAUUUACAAGAGCUCGAGAGGUCAUAAGUGUUAGGCGUCGUGUUCAGGAAAUUCCCCCGCCUACCGGUACAGAUGAAAGUGGCGUGAUUAUGCCAGAAGUCCAAGGGAUUCAUGAGAGGGAAACUAACCAGGCAGCAUCGCCGAUGAUCUGGGCCUUCAAUGCUGCCGGUAACUAUGGGCAUGGGACAGGGACAAGUGACGAAUAUGAAGAUUCAGAUGUAAACGCUAUCCUAAGCCAGUGCAUAUUUCCGGAUUUCGGGACGUUUCAGACGAUGGGUCUAACAGAUAUUACACAACCAUGGAGUUAG